AUGGGGAGACUACCAACCCUCGCACCACGCCGCGCCUGCGCUAUUGCAACAGCUCGAAGCGUGGUUCACCUCCCACGACCGUCACAACCUUCCACAUGCAUUCAAGUCCGGCACGCAACUUUCAUUCCCCGACCGCGUCGUCCCUACACGUUCACGCAGCUCGUCCAGCUCUCCGACGGAUCCACCUACACAGCCCGCACAACGUCUCCGCUACCCCUCUACCGCACGGCCAAGGACACGCGCAACACCCUUCUUUGGCAGCCGAGCGAGAAGUCCCUCCGCAACGUCGAGCUGGACGAGGCUGGCAAACUCGCCGCCUUCCGCGAACGUUUCGGCAGGGGCUUUGAUGCUUCGGUCGAUGCUGCCGCCGAUGCGGGCGCCGGUGAGGAUGCCGUCGGGAGCGAGAAUGCGGACGACACGAGGGACGUGCUGGCGGAUCUGAUUUCGGGCUAUGCCUCGCAGGAAUCAAACAGCAUGAGGGACUCUGGACCGAAGAAGGCGGCGACGAGGAGAAAAUGA